AUGGCAGGCAAUCAAGACGCGGUUGCGGCAAGCAAUCAAGACGCAGCUGCGGCAAGCAACCAAGACGCGGUUGUGACAAGCAAUCAAGCCGCGGCUGCGGCAAGCAAUCAAGCCGCGGCUGCGGCAAGCAAUCAGGACGCGGCUGCGGCAGGCAAUCGAGACGCGGCUACGACAAGCAACCAAGACCACAAUCCACCUACUACUACAACGACUGCAACAUCUACAACGGCUGCAACGCCUGUCACGCCUGUUACGCCUGUUACGCCUGUUACGCCUGUUACGCCUGUUACGCCUGUUACGCCUGUUGGGCUUGUUGAGCCUGUCAAGCCUGUUGAACCUGUUGAGCCUGUCGAGCCUGUCGAGCCUGUUGAGCCUGUUCCGCCUGUUCCGCCUGCGGAAUCUGCAGUAUUUGCACCAAGACCCGACAAUUCUAGGUCGUUUAGCCUGUAUAUCCCAUUCAAGAUCAGGUUUUGGUUCCGUUGUCACUAUUGGAGCACCCGGGCGAGAAUGUCGUCGACGUCGAAGUCGAAUUUCCUGACCAAAUUCGAAUCUGGCGAUGAUAUCGAUCGUGCCGAUGCCGCGUUUCGAAUGGAUUGCAUUGAGACAAACGACAAUCUGCGCCGCAUAGUUGUCAGAGAAUACUACCAAGAGUGUAGGAGGAAGAAAAAUCCGACCAUCAAAGACCUGAAGAUUGCUUUGAUACGGGUAUGCCAGAAGAACAACGAGUCCACGGAUGAGACUAUCGCACGCUUUCGCGCCCGCUGGCCAUGGUCCUCGGAAGACGACCCAGACCCAAAUGACCGAAGGAUUAACGGCGUAUGGCAGGAUGGCACAUACGUCUUACCCGACAUAAUACCUGUAUCAAUUUUGAAAGUUACAAAGCCUGACGUCACUCAUUUCGAGUAG